AUGCCUAAAUCAAAAGAAUUUGUUAAUAGUUCUGAAUCAGCUAGCGACGAAGAGUCAGAAACAAAAUCAACAGAAAAAAAACCAAAGACUAAAGGUUCAGAUAAUAAACAGGAUCCACCGGCUAAACGAGCUAAAACAACUGAUGAAGAAAAUGGUGCUGCGGCUUCAAAGUCUGGAGCUAAUGGUGAACGCCUUUAUGAAAUUGGUAAAUUACGCUAUGUAUCAGUAAGUGAAUUUCGAGGUAAAUCAUAUGUCAAUAUUCGUGAAUACUAUGAAGAUAAAGGCGUAGAAAAACCAGGCAAGAAAGGUAUUAGUUUGACUGGUGAUCAAUGGGAAAAAUUGAAAUCAUUGAUUAAUCAAGUUGAUAAAGACUUGAAAAAGGCCAAAUAA